AUGGAUCCGGAGGACUCAGAUUAUCAAAGCAACGCCUCCAACAGUAACGAGGAUAACUCUGAACUGGAAUAUAGUGAUGAUGAAAAGUCUGGAACGUCAGUGAUUUUGGGGGAAGAUGUGCAGGAUGGGAAUCAAGUGAGCGAUAGCUCGGCGGGCGACCAGUCGCCGCGCAAACGAUCUGCAGAGAAUGAGCCUCCACCGAGGCCUUUCAAACGCCAACGAAGUCACCUGAAUCCCGAUUAUCUCGAUCUACUAAACAGGGAUAUCGAAGACGCGGCGCAUAGAGUGUGCCUAGAGGACGAUAUUGAUCUGCCGGACUCGCAGCUAGGACUCACUUACUGGUCACCGCUGGAGAAGAAGCAGUUUUUCGAGGCGCUGUCCCGUUUGGGCAAGCAUGAUCUCCCGGGCAUCGCGCAGCGCAUUGGCACCAAGAGCACGAUCGAGGUCAAGCAUUAUCUGCGCGUGCUGCACGAGGCGGUCAUUGCUCGUCGCGUACAGGAACGUCGGUCCUACUUGGAACCUGCCGAAUAUCCCGCUGCGAUCGAGUUGACGCCGCAGUGCUGCCAUGCCCAGGAGGAAGCUGCCGACACGAUAUCGAUCAGGCAAGAGACCAGAGAGAUUCAGCGGGAGGAGAGAAAAUGGCAAGCGUGCUGGGACAUUACGCCCAGGAUUGCCGCUGAGCUGGAGAAGAAGCAGCAGCAGCAGCAGCAGCAGGACGACGGAGCAGCAAACCUGGCUUUUGCAAAACUCUUUCACGUUCCACGGUGGUUGAAGCUGUCGGAUCGCAUGUUUAUGAACUCUUCUAUGCCCGGCAGCAACUGGCGCAAUAUUGAGGCAAGACCGCCAUCUAUGUGGGCCACAACGCUGGACGACUUCCACUCCCUCGCUUUAUCCGUUACCCGGCGCUUGGUGCAGACCACUCUGUUUAUCAGCAUGUCACGAAUUAGAGCAAAAUCCGAGCUCAGGCCUGAAACGAGAAACAUUGUGCGGAAAAGGGACGUAGAGGCGGCCGUUGCGUCGCUGGGGCUCUCGCAUAACGCAAAUGACCUGUGGCGCAAGAGCGCACGCCGACUACGACUCAACGUGUACGAGAAUCCACCGACUCGCGGUGACGAAGAAGAGGAAGAAGAAGAGCCAAUGACAUAUGAGGAAGUUGAAGCUGAGCUUUCCAACGAGGAGCCAGCCCGUGCCAAGAGCGAAGACUCGGACGUCGAGAGGGUCAAGCUGGAGGCGCGCUCCACGGAUGAAGUCGACGACUCGGCUGUCGACGACGACUCGGACAGCCCAGGCAAGCCAAAGGACGAGGAGGAGCGCGCCGUCAACCGCGAAAUCAACGAGGUGCUCUGGUACUCGGCCGCGGGCAUCCGCGACCUGCAGAGCACGCGGCGCGCCCUCAAGCUACGCAUUGAGACGGAGCGGCGGCAGGAGCGCCACGCCGACGCCGUGGACGAGUACGCAAGCUACACAGCCGAGACGGACAUGUGGGAGCUGCUGCAAAAGGCACCGCCCGCGCAGAGGCCGCGGACGGUGCCGAACCCGGCCCGCAUGGCGCUGCAGCGGUCGAACCUGGAUGUCGAGAGCUUGUACGCGAUGAAUAGGACCUGGGCGGACGGCCUCGAGUACCAGGCAGAGUGGGAGACGCUGCAUAGGCCAGUCGAGCCAGUGAAUCACGACACUGAAGACGAUGACAACUGA